AUGAACAUCAAUGGGAAGAAUGGCCUUGCCUGCCUGCAGUAUAUCGAGCCUGGCCCAGCUCCCAUCGACAUCCAGCCCCUCCCCCACACGUACGUCUUGAAGGACUUGGUUCCCGACUUGAGCAAUUUUUAUAACCAAUAUAAGAGCAUUGAACCCUGGCUCAAGCGUAGACGUGCGAAGCAGCCUGGUGAGAAAGAGUACUAUCAGAGCAUUGAAGACAGAGAGAAGUUGGAUGGGAUGUACGAAUGUAUCCUCUGUGCUUGUUGCAUGACCUCGUGUCCAUCUUAUUGGUGGAACCCUGAGUAUUAUCUCGGCCCGGCAGUGCUCAUGCAGGCAUACAGAUGGAUUGCCGACUCGAGGGAUGAGUUCACAACAGAGCGCAUGGCCUGGAUCAACGACUCUAUGAGACUGUAUCGUUGUCACGGUAUCAUGAACUGUACCUCAUGUUGUCCCAAGGGUCUGGACCCAGCCAAGGCUAUUGCUAAGAUGAAGGCUGAGAUAGAAGCUGCUUAUGAGCCUGGGUGGACCAAGAUCGUUGCUCAGGAGUCCAUAGCAAAUAAGAAGCGUGAGAGCGGUAUGAUGUAUGCCUAG